ACACCUUAUUUUCAAAUCUUGGUGGGACAGCAAGUUCUUUAGCUGUUGAUGCCAUGAAGGAAAAUAACAUAUUCUGGAUCAAUCAAUUGGAAGGCUCUCCAAUCGUCUUUCUUUAUGGUAUAAUAUGUACAUUUGGAGCGUUAGCAAACUUGGUCGUCUUAUUUGCCUUCAUUCGAACUUCAAAUUUAAGGAAUCUAAGAAACAGAGUUAGGCGUGCAGAUCUACGACAUUUCCGUAAACAUUUCCGCAUAUUCAGUUUCAUCGUCAACUUGGCGUGCUCUGACCUAUUGCUAUGUGUGGUUACCGCUCCAGUGACUCUGUAUACCAGUGCCAAUGUAUUCUGGCCAUUCGGGAAUAUAUCCUGUAAGGUGGUAAGUGCAAAAUGUACAACUAUGUACUCUACUAUAAUGUUUAUGCUGUGUAAUGCAGUUGGCAUCCGUCCAAGCUGUGAAUACAUUCGUGUCGUCGUUAACACUUGCUUUAAUCGCUAUGGAUCGAGUUCUACUUACAACGUGUCCCGUAAGAUGGUAAACAAUCCGUUUUUUAUUUGCCAGCGAAAAUUUCCCCUAGAUAUCUGCAUUAUCAGGCGCCUAGCAGCAACUGCCCCAAUAGUCUGUUACUGUAUUGUAUGGAUAGUAUCAAUCGUGGUUGCAUUACCGUAUUCACUGACCGUAAGAUCAAGCAAAAUUGAUAAUUUUGAGCCAUGGAACGACGUGCACACUCCUGCU